AUGUCCGAUCGUUUCACCAGGUGGCCGGAGGCUACCCCUAUGGUGGACAUCUCCGCCGAAACAGUAGCAAAAACAUUUUACUCCACCUGGGUGUCUCGUUAUGGAUGUCCACAACGCAUUACGACUGAUCAAGGACGUCAAUUUGAAGCUUCACUUACCUCGUCCUUAACGAAUCUACUUGGGAUUAAGAGAUGCCGCACGACCGCCUACCGUCCACAAUCGAAUGGUUUAAUUGAACGCUGGCAUCGAAGCAUGAAAGCCGCCAUUAUGUGCCAUAACAGCACUAAUUGGUUUGAGCUACUACCAACUAUCCUCCUUGGACUAAGAACAAGUUUCAAAGAAGAUCUACAAUGUUCGCCUGCAGAAUUAACUUAUGGAACUCAGCUCAGAAUUCCAGGAGAAUUUUUCUUUGAUGGCGAAUAUCCUUCCGUGGAUCCUGUAACCUUCGUCGAUCGACUUAGAGAUCAAAUGCGUGAGAUUCGUCCAUGUCCAAUAGCACGACGUGGAAAAACUGCAGUUUUUGUACAUCCAGAGCUGCAAAAAUGUACACAUGUCUUCUUAAGAGUUGAUGCAGUACGAAAGCCGCUUCAGCAACCUUACACCGGACCUCAAGCGCAGUGA